AUGCAGACUCCUCAUCAUCGCAAUGAGGUUCCGCGAGGACCCCUCACAAGGGAGGACAAAGACUGGCACCUCCAAAGGGAGGUGCCAAGGACAGAGAGACAACGCUCGUACCCCCGCGAGGGUGUACGAGUAUCAUUCCCUCCUGGAGUAGGCGGCUCGAGCCCAUCCUCAGGGCGAACAAGUCAUGAAUACGACUACCAGGGCAUGCACUCAUACAUGCAAGGUAGUGGUAGUCACGACGAGGCUCCGUCCAUCUCAGCGAUGAACAUAGCUGGCCCGGUCCAUAGCAUGAACCGAUCCCUCGAUCACUGCCUAGAUAUGAUCGAGGAGAUGGUGGGCGAGGACCCGGAUGGCGAAACACCAUCCUACCUGAGGACGGCCAAGAUGGACAAGCCAUCCACCUGGUCAGGGACCGAUGAUUUGUACGCGUUCGAAGAGUGGCUCUUCGAACUGCUCAUGUUCUUCGCUGUAUUGCACAUCACGGGUCCCCGUCUCGACAGGGACCGAGUGCAAAUUGCCGGGAACUCGCUGGCCGACAGUGCCAAGGAUUGGUACUUCUGCCACGUACAAUCACCCCGACGGAGCAAACGGCAAUGGUCGUUUGCAGAAGCGAUCAUGGCGCUGCACCGACGGUUUAUCCACCAGGAUGGUGAGAUAAAGGCCAUUGAGUCCUGGAGCAAGGUAACCUACCACAAGAGUGGCGGGGUGACCGAGCUACUCGACAAGAUGACCCAAUACGCCGACCGUAUGGCAGAGCGCCCCGGGGACUACGAAUGGAAGCGCCGCUUCUUAACGGCACUACCAUCCGAAAUGGAGGAGACCUUGCGCAAGGUCUACUUCAUCACCCCCGAACGGUCACCAUUCGGGAGCAUCGUACAGGCCGCAAGCAGGUACGAAUUUGCGAUGCAAUCAGCCGCUGCGUCGAGGACCGCUCAGACGAACACCAUGACCAAGGAUGGUAGUGGUGCACUACGGAAAUUCGCGACCCAACUAAGCAGCCGCACCCGAGCGACUGGACAGUCGACACGGUUCUCGUCUCGACCCAGUGCAUUGAAUACGGGAUACACUAAGCCACCACCGACCUCGACGGCGGUGGUGGUUAGUGAUAAAAGCUUGGUGAAACACGCAGCACCAUCGGGGAAAGCUACCACUCCAGCGAGUGGUAGCACCGUUAUAUGCUGGAGCUGCGGUGAACAAGGACACACUACUAGAGAUAAGGACAAGUGCAAGAACGGGGGAAGAUUACCGCCUCGCAAAACAGGCCGCAUGAAUGCAGCCCGUAUUGUGGAGGACGACGGGACGGACUCUGCUGAAGAGUACGUCCAUGUCGAGCCGGUACCCACGGACCACACCGACCAACCGGUGGAUGUGCAAAGUGGGGAGGAAGCCGAAGUGACUGACUACCCCCAAUCAGAGUAUGGGGGGUCACAGUACGCAUACGAUGAC